AUGUCUCACAGCUCGACGGCCGUGGGCUGCUGGGGGACAUUGGCGGUGCUCAUGGGCCUCAUGCUGGUCCCCUGCCUGGGGGAGCUAUGUCUGUUGGAGCCCUGUAGCAGGAACAGCAGCACCAGCAUCAACCAGCAGGAUUCUGAAUCCUCUGACACGGCCAUGGUCAACCCUCGCAUCUCGUGGCUGCUCUUCAGACUGAACUCCAACAAAGGAGACAACAGGAAAACGAAACCUCAAAAGAAACCUUCCAAGCUCUCCCUCCAGCUGUGUGACAGCAUACUGAUUGGCUGCUCUCUCCCUCCCCACACAGAGGUGGCUGUCACUGCUGGGACCCUGGACACCAGUGGAGGCUGCCUGCUCUGUGACCAGCUCCCACGAGUAGGGACGGCUUUCCAUUGCCGGUUGCUACACAACUUGCCUGUACCACGGAGAAGCCUUGUGGAACUGCAGCCGUUCGGCGCCCCUCCAGACGCGGAGAGCCAGUUCCAGAGAGGUCAGGGCUUCAACUCCAGCAGUGGGCGCUAUACCGCUCCCGUCUCUGGGUUUUACCACGUUUCCGGAAGCCUGCUCAUCGAGCCCAGUGAGAACCAACGUAAGACUCAGCCGCGGCAGAAAGACUGGAUCAAGGCAUCCAUCUGCAUAGAGUCACUCUGUCACAGUAACCUGUCCCUGGAGGCCAUGGGAGGUGCAAGUCAAGUUGGGGGUGUCUACAGUAUCCUGUUGACAGGAACCCUUUACCUGCAGGCAGGUGAAUACGUCUCCAUCUUCGUAGACAAUGGAACAGGCUCUGCAUUCAUUGUCCAAAAAGGGACCUUGUUUUCUGGGAUCCUAUUGGGAGUCUGAAUUAACCUAGACACACAAGAAAGACAUAAGAGCCAGACAAAGGAGAAAGCACCUAGACUGAGAAAGGCUGCAAACUGAAAACCUGUCUGGACUGGAAACAAGCUUCUAACUCCAGGCGCUAACUGUGGUCACCACAUAACAUCACCAUGGAAACUCUACUCCGGCAACAGGUCUGCCAGUAACCUUUGUAAAUACACAGUGAAGUGCUUUUAAUGAUUGGUGUAUAUAGAAAUGUAUUUUUUAAAAUCUCUCUCAUUAAUCAAGCAUUUAACAUGUCAGUUCAAGUCUUUAUUUAAAUACUUUUAGAGCUUAAUUGUUGUUUUUUUUUUACUAGGUUUUUGGUAUUGAUGAUAACUUUGUGCAUUAUACUAUUUACAUGUAAAACAGCAGAGGUGAAGAUGUGCACUUGUGUUUUACAAGUUAGGUCUUUAUUAAACACUUUGUACCAAAAAAAGUGAUUAGGAGAACUCAGGUUGAGGCUGAGGACACCCAGCCUGGAUUAUAUCCUUCUCUGAAAACGUUUAUUUGCAGUGGGGCAUUUUUAUAGGUGAAAACACUCAGAUACCAUUGUGGAACUAUUUACUUAAAGAAUUCACAGUUUUAUGUGUAAAUUGUACAUGGUGUGAUGCAUGAAAUAGCCAAGAACUUAUUUUUAUGUUGUGUGUAAUGCAGAGCUUUAAAAUGUUUUUUUCCAUGAGUGCUUACCAAUAUGGAAGAGUUGAUUGUUUAUGAGAAACCUUGGACUUUGAGCCCAAAGUUCAAAAGCCAGUAUCACUGUGUAGUGAUUCUCUUUCCUGUGUUGACAAAUACAGGUGAAUAAAUAAAUACAACACAA